AUGUCCGAUGCGCAGCGACCCCGAAAGCGGUCAGCCUGCGACCGCUGCCGUGCACAGAAGCUCAGAUGCCACCGUGACGACACGCAUCCAGACGACUUUUGUACCCGGUGUAUUCGCUCGCAAGUGGAAUGCAUAACUAGCUCAUCAAAGCGUCCUGGCCGUCCCACGAAGCACUCGGCCAGUUCAUCGCGGGGCCAGAACGACGCGGACUCAAUCAUAUGUCGCGAGGUUGCUGCCCCAAAGGACGUGGGGAGUAUCCCACAUGUAGCCCACGUCGACGAAUGGUUCAACUUUACGCCAUUAGACAUCGACUACGAGAUGCCCUCAGCAUACUGGGGCUCGACGGACUCACACGAGAUGUUCUCGGGCCAGUUUCACACCUCAGGCGAUGCCGGCAACGUUUUCACCAUGUCGUCUCUGUCGUCCACCGCCACAACUACAGACACGACAUCACUUAAUGGGUUGACGGAAACGAUGUUGCAUGGGUCCUCCUCCGGCCCUGGCUCGCAGUCCGACCAAGACUUUGAUCACACCAGCAUGCUUCCCCCCACCAUGCCGAUCGACGAGCCUGGGCUUCGCAUCUCGAGUUUAUACCGCGAUCUUUCCCAGCAAAUCUCCACGCUGCGAUCAGUACCGUGGGACACAAACAAGGUUCUGAGGUUAACCUCUAUCCACGACACCAGCGAUGAGCUCUCGAGGGGCUGUGAGGACAACUCUGCGACGAACCCCUUGGCCACCAUUUCCAGAACCUCUGCCGAGUUUGCCGAGCUUCUACGCGCUUUUCGGGUCUCUGAUAGUGAGACAGGCAGCACUGCAGGAGAAUUAAAGUCUCGCUUGUCCACCGACCCACGCCUGAGUAUGUCGGAUCUUCUCACGACUAUCUCAUGUUACAUCCUGAUUGUGUCCAUCUACGACUCAAUCUUCAGCCACUGCAUUGCGCAGUCCCUCCAGAAUCCUGCCCAAGCCGGCCCGAAACUUUUCUUGGGAGGCAUUGAAGUUCCCACGAGACCGAACAUGCUGGGACACCUUCUCUUCCGUGUGCUAGACAGUCAGCUGCGGCCGAUUGAGGAGUUAUUGGGUCUCCCAUCCGAAUUCUGUGUUUCGUGGAAGAGAGAGCCAUCAAACUCAGAAAACCAGACGGGGCUGUUCAGUGGCCGCAGUGGUCAGUCACUCUUCAUGGCUCUGGUUCAGAUGGAAACGGAGAGGACGACGGAUGACAGAGGUGGUUUGGGGGUUGUAGAGUCUUUGAAAGAAAACGCUAGACGGGUGCAGAGCCUUGACAAUAUAGAAUAA